GUGGCAGCGCGGGAGGGUUGUCUUGAAUUCCUGGCUCCUGGCCUCCACAUCAAUUUCAAUACUGUGCAUGGCAGCUGAUGGCAAAGCUUUUGUUCCUUUACGUCAGAAGACAAGGAAGAAAAAUCAAGGAAUUUAUGCCAUGAGCCGUCGAAGAAUCUCGUGUAAGGACUUGGGACUAGCAGAUUGUCAGGGAUGGCUAUACAAGAAAAAGGGAAAAGGAGGCUUUAUUGGCAACAAAUGGAAAAAGUUCUGGUGUGUCCUGAAGGCAUCGUCAUUAUACUGGUACAGCAAUCAACUGGCAGAGAAAGCCGAAGGAUUCCUCAGCCUUCCAAACUUCACAGUGGAUCAAGCAACAGAAUGCAAGAAAAAGUAUGCCAUGAAGAUCACCCAUGCACAGAUCAAGACAUUUUAUUUUGCAGCAGAAAAUGAGGAGGAAAUGAGUAGGUGGUUAAAUAAACUAGGCAUGGCUGUCCUUGACAAGCAAGCCAAUAAAAAGAAUGAAGAAGAGUGCUAUAGUGAGAGCGAUCAUGAAGAUCCAGAAAUACAUGCAGAGACACCACCCCCUCCAUAUUCAGAUCAGCCGUUGCUGCCUGAUGCGGAACAGCAAGAACCUUCCUUGACAUCGCAUGUAUCAAGUGAAGUAUCAUGUUCUUUGUCGUCACCAGAAAGCACUAUGAUGUCCCAAGGACCCUCUUCUUCCUCAUUGUCCAAAGUAUUGCAUCCAGAGAGACAAUCAUGGCUUGACUUUGUUAACAGCUCUUCCACUGGAGAAGAAGUAAGCAAUCAACUUUCAGCUGUCUCUGGUGACUCUGAAGCUACCGAUCGCCUGGUGACAGACUGUAAUGAAACCAUGGAAAGUGGUAGCUUCAAACCUGAAUGUGAAGGCUUUCGGACUUCUUUGAAUGAAGAUGCAUGUUCGUUAGUUAGUGCCAAGGAUAACCUAGCUGUGCCUGGGAAAAUAGCAUCAAAAACUCUACCUAAAGAACAUGCAAAAUGCUCAGAAGAUGAAAUGGAGAAACUCUACAAGUCCUUAGAACAAGCCAGUUUAUCUCCCAUUGGGGACCGGCGACCUUCCACUAAAAAGGAGCUGAGGAAGUCCUUUAUCAAAAGGAGCAAAAACCCCUCAGUCAAUGAGAAACUCCACAAAAUCCGAGCACUGAACAGCACGUUAAAGUGCAAAGAACAUGACUUGGCCAUGAUUAACCAAUUGCUGGAGGAUCGUAAGCUAACAGCGAGGAAGUACAGAGAGUGGAAGGAUACAAACACCAUGCUAGUUCAGGAUAUCUAUCAGCAGGAGGAUGUUGUGAAUACGUCUGAAGGAAAUAGCAUGGAUUCAGGGGCAUCAGUGCAACCAUCUUUCAUCGAAAGUGCUAUUUGAAAACAGAGGUCUAUGUGGAAACAGAGCUCACUGUUUCCCUUCACUCACACAUACUUUAAGCUGCUACCGUUUCAGAUUUUUGUUUUUCUAGGAGCUUGUCACUUCCUACAAUGGAUAAUUCAACUCGUUCUCCAGAGUGUUAUUCCCUCCCUCAACAUUUCAUUAAAACAGGAAGUCACCACACAAGUGGUCAUUUCGUGAUGCUAGUCGUGAUGAAGUUCUGAAGGGAAAAAAAGUAGUGGGUAGAUGGAAUUGGAAUUCCAUUUUUAUAAAGAAUGGCUGACCUUCAUAGCAGCAAUGUUUUAAGCAAGUAGAGCAUCUGGACAUUUUGAAUUUGAAAGAGUAUGUACAUAUUGUAAAUAAGAAGUGCUGGGCUAUUUUAAACUUUGUUGAGAGAAGCAAAAUGUUUAAAUUGUAGGAAUGCUACCAGGGUAAAAAAUAAAAUAAAAUGCACCACUUUUUUGCCACAGUAUUUAUAUGCUUAAAGUAAAAAAAUAAAUAAAUCACAUUGCUGAUGAUCUGUUUUAAGCUCAGAGGAAAUAAGUAAAAGAAAGACAAUGCCUGUACUCUGUAAAGACUUUUCAUAAUCUGUUCAAUAGACACCUUUUUCAGUCAUAAUAUCUCCAUAUUUAUAA